AUGGCCCAGACGGUCCACAGCCUCUGCUCCACCUUUGGCCUCCAGUGCUGCCUCCUCUUCCUUCUAGCUUCUUGGGAGGCAGGUGCUGCUGCAUUCCAAGAAUAUCAGAAAACUGGGGAACUCUCAACAUCUGAUCACAUAUUUCCCCUCACUCCAGGCCUUGUUUAUAGUAUCCCUUUGGAUCACACUGUUCAUUUAGGACAAAGACCUCCAGAGCUCCCUAAAUCUACAGAAAUCCAUGAGCGAAAACGCCACUGCACCACCACACGCCCUUCUAAGCCAACUGACAAGCCUAUAGACAACUCCAAAACUGCAGACCACAAAAGCUCUACAGAUAAUCAUGAGGCUCCUCCCUCUUCUGAAGAAAACUCCAGCAAUCAAGGGAAAGACCCAAUGAUCCAGAAUCAGCACUCUGUUGAUCCUGCUUACUCCACUACCGCACAUAAAGAAUCCUCUGAAAAAAAACAUAUAACGCCAGCACCCAAGAGCAAAAUAAAUUGUCAUAAGUCCACAACAGGCAAAUCAACAGCAACAAGAAAACCAGAUGAAACUGGAAGAUCUUCGGAAAAGUCCAUGAGUACUUUGGAUAAUAAAAGUACCACCUCACAUAAGACUACAACUUCCUUUCACAACUCAGGCAAUUCACAGACCAAGCAAAAAAACACAUCUUUUUCAGAAAAAAUCACAGCAGCCUCAAAAACAACAUACAAGACUACAGGAACCCCAGAAGAGUCAGAAAAAACUGAAGAUUACAGAACAACAGUUGCCUCAGAUAAGCUCCUGACAAAAACUACAAAAAACAUACACGAGACCAUAUCAGCCAAUGAGACACAAUCUCUAGCAAAGCCUACAGAACAUGGAGAAAGGACAGCCAAUGGGAACACCACACCAUCCCCAGCAGAGCCUACAGAACAUGGAGAAAGGACAGCCAACGAGAAAACCACACCAUCCCCAGCAGAGCCUACAGAAAAUGGACAAAGGACCCCAUUUGCCAAUGAGAAGACCACAUCAUCCUCAGCAAAGCCUACAGAACAUGGAGAAAGGACCCCACUGGUCAAUGAGAACACAGAAACAUCCCCAGCAGGGCCUACAGAAAAUAGAGAAAGGACAGCCAAUGAGAAGAUCACACCAUUCCCAGAAGAGCCUACAGAAAAUAGAGGAAGGACAGCCAAUGAGAACACCACACCAUCCCCAGCAGAGCCUACAGAACAUGAAGAAAUGACCCCAUUUGCCAAUGAGAACACCACACUAUCCCCAGCAAAGCCUACAGAACAUGGAGAAAGGACACCAUCAGCCAAUGAGAAGACCAUACCAUCUCCAGCAGAGCCUACAGAACAUGAAGAAAUGACCCCAUCGGCCAUUGAGAACACCACACCAUCCCCAGUAGAGCCUACAGAAUAUGGAGAGAAGACUACAUUGGCCAAUGAGAAGAUCACAGUAUCCCCAGAAGGGCCUACAGAACAUGGAGCAAAAACUACGUUGGCCAAUGAGAAGAUCACACCAUCUGUAGCAGAGCCUACAGAACAUGGAGAAAGGACCACAUCACCCAAUGACACAUCACCCAAUGACAAGAUCAUCUCAUCUGCAGCAGAGUCUACAGAACAUAGAGAACAGACUACAUCAGCCAAUGUGAUCACACCAGCCCCAGCAGAGCCUACAGAACAUGGAGAAAGGACCACAUCACCCAAUGACAAGAUCACCUCAUCUGCAGCAGAGUCUACAGAACAUAGAGAACAGACUACAUCAGCCAAUGUGAUCACACCAGCCCCAGCAGAGCCUAUAGAACAUGGAGAAAGGACCACAUUGGCCCAUGAGAAGAUGACACAAGUCACAAAAAAGUCUACAGAACACCCAGAAAAGACCAUGUCAGCCACAGAGAAAACCACAAGAGCCUCAGAAAAGCCUACACUACACUCAGAGAAGACCAGAUCCACCAAAGAGAAAAACACAUCAGUCCCAAAAAAGCCUACAGAAAACCUGAGGAACACCACACUGACCACUGAGACCAUAAAAGCCCCAGUAAAGUCCACAGAAAACCCAGAAAAAACAGCAGCAGUCACAAAGACUAUAAAACCUUCAGUCAAGGUCGCAGGAGACAAAUCUCUCACUACUACCUCUUCUCAUCUAAAUAAAACUGAGGUUACUCAUCAGGUGCCCACUGGUUCUUUCACCCUCAUUACACGUAGAAUGAAGUUGAGUUCUAUCACAUUAGAGGCCCCAGGCAAUGUGAGCCAUCCAUACCUCAAUAAAGAUGACUCACAGAAAGGUAUCCACGCUGGACAGAUGGGAGAGAAUGAUUCAUUCCCUGCAUGGGCCAUAGUUGUUGUGGUCCUGGUGGCUGUGAUUCUCCUCCUGGUGUUCCUUGGCCUGGUCUUCUUGGUCUCCUAUAUGAUGCGGACACGCCGAACACUAACCCAGAACACCCAGGACAAUGACCCAGAGGAUGAGGGUGGCCCCAAUUCCUACCCAGUCUACCUGAUGGAGCAGCAGAAUCUUGGCAUGGGCCAGAUCCCUUCCCCACGGUGAUCUUGGAAUAGGAGCCCAGCCCUGGCUCUUCCAUGCUCUGCCCCUUUCCUGGAUGAGGAACUGGACUCACAAUUUCUAUUUCCUGGACUACAGGAAGGGCAGAGAAUACUGACAGUUACCAGUAUUAACCCUUCCUCUGUUCUUCAUUGAAACUGGUUGGGGAAUGAAGUGAUAAGCAAGGAGGGUGUAAGUUUAGGGGUCAAAGAACAAAGAAUGAAUAAUACGAGCAGACAUUCUCUGUAGAAUGUGAUGGUCUGAGAACGAAAAGGUGUUUGAUGGACAUGUUGGGGGACCAAUGCAGAACUGCACUGAGUCCUAAAGAAAGGACAGGAGCCUUAGAAGGCAAUGCCCCAGACUGACUUGUGAGUGGGGAUUAUGGGGAAAGGGAGAGACUGAGGGCAGAGUCUCUGGGUUUCAGGACAGCAUUGUUAUUUCCAUUCACUAUUACUUAAGAGUUUGUGUGUAAACGGGCUCAUCUCUGAGUUCUCAGGACCCUUGCUUCCGCCCCAUUUUCUUAAUUUAAAAAACAAACAAAAAAACAAACAAACAAACAAAAACAGAUUCAAGAAGGAAAAAGAAUUUAUUUCCUUCUCCACUCUCUCCAUGCCCUGGAGAAAAAAAACUUCAGAAGAAAUCACAAAUCUCUCUCAUCCACAUGGUUGACCCCUCUUCCUCCCAAAUCCCUUAGUCUUCCUAAACGUCUACAGCGGACACCCUGUUGGUUUGGCUUGCUGGGUUGUGGGUGGACACACAAGGAGGGGAUUUUUGUUUGGCCAGCAGUCUCACCCACUGAUCUCCAUCCCAGACUUUCCCUGAUGGUGUCUCAGCAUUUAUCUUCCUGUCUCUUCCACCAAAAGUCAGCUGUAGCUUUAUGUCGUAAAAGUUACCCAUCUUCUCUACCAUCCCCAUACUCUCCCCCUCCCACCUUCACCCCAGAUUCCAAUUUUCCUCCUUGUAGUCAUUUCAUCUAUGUGUUUUCUACAUUUUCUCUCUCUCUUCUUAUGGCCAUUUCACCUUACUACUGAUUGGGCAGAGGGGAAAAGAAGAAUGAUGAUAAUAGUUUCCUUCUACUGACCUUUUUUAUAAUAAAGUAUAACAUGUUUAUAAAGGG